AUGUGCAUAAGAGUAGUGGAACCUCGAUUUCGUCGGUUUUUUCAAUGGUACGGUGAAUUUGGUUACCAGUGGCGAUGGUUCCUAGUCAUGUAUCCACUGAUCGUAACACCACUCUUAUCACUUGGUUUUUGCCGUCUUACUGCUUUAAAUGUUGAUGAUCCCUUUUAUGUUUUCACUCCGGCAUAUGCCAGAUGGCAUCGAGAAUUUGACACGUUCGCAUCGUUGUGGCCACUAAACGAAAACAAAUUUUUACCGGGUAAAUCGUUUGAAAUGAAGCAGUUUAUAAAUGUAUUGGUAAAAGCCAAAGAUGGCGGAAAUUUGUUGAGAAAGGAAAUAUUAGAUGAAAUACAAGAGUUGAAUCAAUGGGUUAUGUUCAAUAUUAGCAUACCAACUGCUGAUGGCAAAUAUAAUCUUACAUAUCAGGAUUUGUGUCUGAGCUAUGAGUGGGUAUGUGGAGCAAAUGAACAUAUUUCGAUGUUACAAGAACGGCUGAAAGUUGGCAAUUUUGUAGAAUUAACAUAUCCUCGAGCUGGCAGUAAGGAUACACCCGUUUAUUUGGGGACAUUGCUAAGCGAUGUAAGCUUAAACGACUCGAAUGGUACUGUAAAAGCAGCAAAACUGACGCAACUCUUUUAUUUCCUGAAGCAAGAACCUCAUGUUGUUCGCCGUUACUCAACAGCAUUCUCAUAUGCUGUUGAGCAUUAUUUAUUGCAUAUUUACAAAAGUGAUAUUAUUUCACUUUCAUUCUCACAUUAUCAGUCAUUGCAGGAUGGUAUAGCUGAGAAUGCGAAAGACUUUACGUGGAAUUUUCUUACCAGCUUUUCAUUACUUUCCAUUUAUGCGAUAAUAUUUUCAUACGUUCUCAAGCAACAUCCAAGAACAGGCAUUGAUUGGGUUCGCAGCAAGCCAUAUGUUGCAUGUGCAGGUCUUAUCACAACAUUAUUGGCAAUAUGUAGUGGUUUUGGACUUGCACUGAUAGUAGGCAUACCGUACAAUGUAAUCAACACAAUUAUACCAUUUCUCAUCAUCGCAAUUGGAGUGGAUGACAUGUUUGUAAUGAAUGCUUGCUGGAAUCAAACAAGUCAGACGGAUACUGUAUCAAAAAGAAUGCGUGAUAUGAUGGCUCAUGCUGGGGUUACUAUAUCUAUCACAAAUAUCACUGAUAUCAUAUCGUUUGCUGUAGGUUGCAUUAGCGAACUUCCGGGCAUUCAACUCUUCUGCAGCUAUGCCUGUAUUACAUUCAUCUUUUGCUAUUUGUAUCAGUUCACGUUUUUUAUGGCAUUUCUUGCCAUAAUGGGUGCUGUGGAAAAGAAUCAACGUCACUGCCUUCUCUUCUAUAAAGUUGGCGAACAAUGUGCCAAAAAGAAAAUGAAUAGUGCUCGAUUUUGUAAUUCAAGAAAUGAUUGUGAUGAUAGUUUGCAAUGUUCGUCAACUAACAGUGGAUCUGAUAUAUCAUACCACUCUGGUAACAGCACUCAGUCAAAUGGUAGCUCUUUGAAAACUGCCAUUAAAAUUCAUAAUUUGAUCAUUGCUGGCGAUGACCUAUGUAAGCAAAAACCAACAGAAAUGGUUGAUGUUGAUAACAAUUUUAUCACUGAAGGACUGUUUAUCACGGCAGUACCCCACUUGAAAACUCAACCGAUCGGGAAGAAAGAGAAUACUCGGACACAGUACUUCUUCGGUCAUAUUUAUGCUCAGUUUAUAUUGCGUAAAGAAUGUGCUAUUUUAACUUACAUCUUCUAUAGCAUAUAUAUUGGUGGUGCUAUGGUCGGAUGCUUCAAUUUUUCGGAGGGAUUGGAACCGGAAAAUUUGGUUACAAACGAUCAUUAUACCUCUCAUUAUUUCGCAGAUUUGAAAAAUUUUUGGGUACGAGGUACUCAACUUCAUGUUGCCGUGCUACACCCUCCAAAUCUUACUGAUCCUAUUCAGAGGGAAAAAAUGAUGGCCGUAGUACAAGCAUUUGAGAAUACGGAAUACACAUUGGGAAGAGAUGGGACAAUUUUUUUCUUUCUUGAGUAUUUAAAUUAUCUUGAUGAAAUCAACGCUGAAUUGGAAAAUACGGAACGAAUUUGGAAUACAAAAUUGUUAAGUUGGUUAAAGUAUACUGGCGGAAGUAAUCAGUGGGCAACAGAUAUACGCUUUAACGAAAACGGCACUUUCCAAGCAUUUCGGUUUCAGAUAGCAAUGCAAAACACUGUUGGCGCAAACCAGCACAAAAAUGCCGCCCAGAAAUUACGCGAAAUAGCUGAUCGGCAGCCUUUUAAAAUUGAAAUAUUUCAUGAAACAUUUCCAUUUGCUGAUCAGUACAUUAUUAUUGUCCCAGCAAUUGUUCGCAGUAUCAUUAUAUCACUGAUUUGUAUGGCGACUGUCGCUGUCAUAUUGGUACCUAGUCUGGCUCCAUGUAUUCUAAUAAUCGUUUCUAUAAUAUCAAUUAACACGGGUAUAUUUGGUUACAUGACAUUUUGGGGUGUUAAUUUGGAUGCUGUAUCAAUGAUUUCUAUCAUAAUGAGUAUUGGUUUCGCUGUUGAUUUAUCAUCUCAUAUCACAUAUGCGUUUGUUACGGCAACUGGCUCAUCAAAAGAACGAGUUACUCACGCUCUGGAAUCCCUCGGAUGGCCGAUUUUUCAGGGUGCAGCAUCUACAAUCGCUGGUGUAUCAGUUCUCUAUACGGUCAAUGCAUACAUCAUUUUAACAUUUUUUAAGACAAUUUGGCUUACAAUGGUCAUUGGAUUAUUACACGGAUUACUGUUUAUUCCAAUUACUCUUAGUUUUUCCCUUUGUCAUCUUUCUCACUUAGCAGUAAAUUGUAGCACUGCCAGGCUGUUAAUUCGAUAA